AAAAAGGAAAAAGAAAAAGAAAAAGAAAGAAAGAAAAUGGAAAAAGAGGGGGCGAUGAAUACGAAGUAGAGCACGAGGAUGUGGCUGUUGUUAUUCCUCCACUUAAAUCGCCAAUCUCUACGAACAACCAAGAAAGAAAAGAAGAGGCAGCAUCAGCACCAAUUCAAUUCAAUUCAAUUCAAUUUUCCUAAAGGACACACCCACCAUUAUCAACUCUUCAAGCUCGAUUUCAUCUCCAUUCCUCUUUUUCUCCGCCCCCAUUUCCUAUAAAUCCUUCCUUUCCUUUAUUCAUCUUCCCUUCCGUAGAUCCCAAAUGGCCACUGUUUUCCACGCCCUUGGAGCUGGCUCCGCUUUGUCACCUCCCAACUCCUUACAUUCUUCCAACACCUCCCUCCUUCACCCUUCCAGAUCCCUCUCUUCUUUUGAGAGGAAAGGUCGUUUCUUUAUUGUUCGAUCUGACGGAAGAGGAGCUAACCGUGCUUUUACCCCUAGAUCUCGCUCCCAGCAUUUGAUCACUAAUGCAGUUGCGACCAAGGCUGAUACUUCAUCGGCUUCGACUACAUCGAAACCAGGGCAUGAACUCUUGCUUUUUGAAGCACUAAGAGAAGGUUUGGAGGAAGAAAUGGAUAGGGACCCACGUGUUUGUGUCAUGGGUGAAGAUGUGGGUCACUAUGGUGGUUCUUACAAAGUGACUAAAGGUCUAGCUACCAAAUAUGGUGAUCUUAGAGUUCUCGAUACGCCUAUUGCUGAAAACUCCUUCACAGGUAUGGGCAUUGGAGCUGCUAUGACGGGGUUGAGGCCAAUUGUUGAGGGUAUGAACAUGGGAUUUCUUCUUCUUGCUUUCAACCAAAUCUCAAACAAUUGUGGAAUGCUUCACUACACGUCUGGCGGGCAGUUCAAGAUACCAAUUGUUAUUCGUGGGCCUGGUGGAGUUGGACGUCAACUUGGUGCUGAGCACUCGCAACGUCUCGAGUCAUACUUUCAGUCAAUCCCUGGAAUCCAGAUGGUUGCUUGUUCAACACCUUAUAAUGCAAAGGGUUUGAUGAAAGCUGCCAUCAGGAGUGAGAAUCCCGUGAUCCUCUUUGAGCAUGUUUUGCUUUACAACUUAAAAGAAAGAAUUCCAGAUGAAGAAUACAUCUGUUCUCUCGAAGAAGCUGAGAUGGUUAGACCUGGGGAGCAUGUCACGAUAUUGACAUAUUCUCGGAUGAGGUAUCAUGUGAUGCAAGCUGCUAAAACUCUUGUAAACAAAGGUUAUGAUCCCGAAGUAAUCGACAUCAGGUCAUUGAAGCCAUUUGAUCUUCACACUAUUGGUAAUUCAGUGAAAAAGACUCAUCGAGUACUGAUCGUCGAGGAGUGCAUGAGAACUGGUGGAAUCGGUGCUAGUUUGACAGCAGCAAUCACGGAGAACUUCCAUGAUUAUUUAGAUGCACCAAUUGUAUGCUUGUCGUCUCAGGAUGUGCCAACCCCUUAUGCAGGGACUUUGGAAGAUUGGACAGUGGUCCAACCUGCCCAAAUUGUCACUGCUGUUGAACAACUUUGCCAAUAAUUAGUUUAUAAGCAGCUAUAGCCAAUCUGUGCUUGGACUUCAGUCAUAGAAGAGUUAUUUCUCUCUGUUCAACCCCCAUCGAGUUAGUUUUAAAGAAAGUUCCGCUUUAUAUCUUUGAGCAAUUUUUCAUUGUUGAGAACUCUGUAACAGUUUGAUUGUUUGUUUUCUCUCAUUCCCCCCUGGUUUCAUUCUUCUUUCAAACUUGUUUAUGUAAUUGUCAAAGUCAGAAAUAGGGCCAAGCAAUAUGGGGGGGUCUUUAUCAGUUCCUAUAGGAUCUAUGAACCAUUUUGUUUCUAAUAUUACCUGAUGGAUGAGUUAUUCAA